AUGAAGGUGCUCGAGAGACAGAUCCUCCCAAACAUCAGGGACACUGUGGCGCCUCAUAUGGACACUUUACAGUUCACAUACCAACCGAACUUUAGUGUAGAUGAUGCCCUCAUCUACAUGCUGCACAGGGCAUAUUCAUAUCUGGAUACCCCUGAUGCCUCUGUGAGGUUAAUGUUUUUUGAGUUUACAAGUGCAUUUAAUACUAUCCGCUCUGUGCUACUGGGGGAGAAGAUGAGGAGGAUGGAGGUGGAGGAUUCCCUGGUCCAGUGGUGUUUGGACUAUCUUUCUCACAGACCGCAGAGCUGUGUCUCAGAUACCAUCCUAAGUAGCACUGGGGCACCACAGGGAACAGUGUUGGCACCAUUCCUCUACACCAUCUACACUGCAGAUUUCCAGCACAACAGCGGCAACUGCUUUUUGCAAAAGUUUGCAGAUGAUACGGCAGUUGUUGGUCUGAUCCGAGGGGACGAGGAGCCUCGCCUCAUUGGCUGCAUCCCAGUGACGUCACGGUCACGCCUACCUCCUCCUGCUGGCGUCAACAUGGCAGCGGUGGAUGUCAUUGUGGAAAAGUUAGCGGCUUUUUGGAGGAGACGGAUCGUUCGACAAAACUUUCCUUGGAUGUUUUUGCUGAUUUCAGCGGUGGGGUCAGUUCUGAAGGAGCUGCAGCUCGUCCCGCAGACAUAUUUCAGCAGCAGUAGGAACGUCCUUAAUGUAUAUUUUGUCAAAGUGUCCUGGGGGUGGACCUUGCUGCUGCUGACACCCUUCCUCCUGCUGUCCAGCUCCUCCUUUAGCAGGAAUGUCUCCUUCCUCACCCGCCGAUUGCUGUCACUGGUGGUGGCAACAGCCAUCUGGUACGUCUGCACUGAAACCUUCUUCUAUGUAGAGGAUGCGACGGGAUCGUGCUUUGAGUCCGACCCUGGGGGUGAUGUCAAGAAGGAGUUCACAUCCAAAGCCAGCUGCAGGAGGGCCGGCUACCAGUGGCACAGCUAUGACAUCUCAGGACACUCUUUCAUCCUGGUCUAUUCGUCUCUUUUCAUCAUGGAGGAAAUGGCCCCAAUGACCUCCAUGAAGGCAGCCAGGAUGUCUGCACUGCCAAAGAUGAUUCUCAACCUGCUGUAUGUGGCCCUGAACCUGAUAGUGACCAUCUGGGUGUGGAUGUUUGUCUGCACUUCUGUGUACUUCCAUGAUCUGUCUCAUAAAUUGCUGGGGACCCUAUGUGGCCUAGCAGGGUGGUUUGUAACGUACCGAUUUUGGUAUCUGAAAUCUCUGUCACCAGGACUGCCCCCUCAGCGCCAGUCAAAGGAACAGAAACAACAUGCCUAAGCAGGCGGUGAACCCUCCUGAAAUUCACUGUUGCCAGUGUUACGGCGAUCCUCAAAACGACGCACUACAGUUAAUUGCAUUUGUCUUCGAAGUCCAAGAUGGUGGUGCUAUUUAAAGUUAUUUUGUACAGGAUGAUUGCAGUUCCUCCAUAGAGGCUGGCAGCUGCCGUUCCCAAAAUGACUCUGGGUAAUAAGAGACAAAAGCUCUGUUGUCCAGCUUCAUCUUCAGCUCCUGCAGCCUGCAUGUCCCCGACUUGUUUGACUGACAUUCUGUUGCCUUGUGAUGCUGAUGUUUUUGAGACGUGGGAACACCGGAGAAUGUUUACACUUUCAGUUCCAGUAUCGCACUGAUCAGUGUAUGUUUUCAGACUAAUAGGUAUUCAAUGUUUUUGUUUUUUUAUAGGUAAACAAUGUUCUAAACAAAGUCAUAAACUACGAUGGGCCUGUAUUUCAUCCUAUAUGUAGGAUUUUAAUCAUCACACUUGGUUUGGAGUCACAGCAGUAAUUUCCCUGUAAACACUACUAACUGUGUGCUCAGAGUUUAAUGACAGCGGGUGUAAGCAAAAUAAGUUUCAUGUAUAACUGUGCCAUAGUUUGUCAAUAUAACACUGGGUCAGUCCUGCAAAAAACAACAUGUAGACCAGGGUUCAAAUCCCAUUUAAGCUACCUUUCUGUCAUUGACAAGACACUUCAUAUUGUCUCAUGUUGCAUUCAAAACCCUCAGAAGGUCUGCGAUUCUCACCUCUAGCUCAGGGAAAAAUUCCUUAAAUGCUCCAUUGGGCUGGAAUUUUCACUUGGAAGUUAAUGAAGAAAUUGAGCAACCUGAGGUGUCCCAAGUUGACGUCACAGCCAUGGCAGCUAUGUUUGCAAUUAGUGAGACAACGUUACUAAUGUUGAAAAUGGAUCUUUAAAAGGAAGUUUUAACAAGACAUUACUGCUUGAUGUAAUGUAUUCACAUUAUAUUAACAAUUAGUGAAGUUACCAGCACCAUAUAUCAGCAAAAACGUCUUUGACGACUUAAUUUCACCCAGAUGAUAUUGUUAGCGUAGUCCUAUUGUGAUAGGCUAAGUAGUUGAUCCAUAGUUCUCUCUGAGGUAAUCUCAUGAACGCAGUUUUUCCAGAAGUACUUUUUUUUUCUCAUGUCUGGUUUUUCUGAGUGUUCUGGACGCAGCAUCAGUCCAACCAGCUGUAAAUGUGUACUGGCCUCAGCUGGGGAAGUAACAUACGAUGGGCUGGUGUCCCCUCCAGGGGGCGUCAUAGACUCAUUUGCUUGAUAGUAUAAUUCAGAGAUAUGCACUCGCACCAACUGGCCUCAGGCUCUGUGUGGUACUUACUUGUACUACUUUUUCUUCAUCCUGCAAAAUCUCCAUAAUUUUAGUUUUAAGUUAGUUCAUCAGCAUGUCUAAUGUGUUGUUACUUGCUACUCUGUUUCCUACAAAUUAGUUGGUUAGUUAUUGAGUAAGCAUGCAAAGGAAAAUCCAACUUGGUGAAGGUUAACAGUGUUACAAAUAAAAUUAUAUCAAGAUCCAUCAAUUCCUUUUUGGAACCCACUUAUUCCAGCUACCAUUCAUUUACUGUGUGGCUGUUUGGUUUCAGUGGUGGUAGAGCCGAGGGCGGAGUUAGCCCAUUGCACCCCUAAAUAUAUUUUAAGCACCCCUAUAUAUAUAUAUAUAUAUAUAUAUAUAUAUAUGCCAAAAUAUGUAUUACAAGAACACAGUAAUUGAUCAUCUCCCCUUCUUGGGCAAAUGGUU